AUGAUACAACAUAAAACAGAACUUGCACAAUGGAAUAUUGCACUCCUCGCAAAGAGUUUUGUUCUUGUUUGUUUUUUCUCUUCAGACCAUCUAGUGAAUCUUCUUCUUGUUGAUCCUUCCACAGGAAGAUGUAAUGCUGAUGCACCAUAUAAUUUUCUUUUUCUUGAAGGGGCGCCUUGUUUUGGUAAUGGAGGAAGGAUUUUAGCAGGUUCAAAUGUUUCAUCAGGAAUGACUCAGUCAAAAACUUGGUUUCUACCAACAGUUACCUGUGGUGAAGGCGCAAAAUGGAUGUCUGAGUUAGACAUAUCGGACGUAUCAUUGCCUGCUUCUUCAUCGGAAUCUGGUUCAUAAUUGUCACGGAGUCAGCAGAACAUGGUUGCGAAUCUGAGAUUUCUUCAAUAUCUUCAAUAAGCGCUUCCAGCUCUUUUUGUGCAAGCAGAUGGCGGCGAUCCAUAUUGAAUCUGAAACUGAAUAAACGUAAUUAGAGACCUGUUGGUAUACAUGUGUACCACCAUAAAUACCGGAUGGUACAUAUAUGUACCACAUGAAUAUUACACGCAAAAACACAAAAAUAAAACAUAGUUUUGACAUACCUUUGUAAAAACACUAAUUACAGUUGAAUAGCAAAUAGAACUUCAUCAAAAAAC